AUGGUGUCACAAAAUAUCUAUGAUCAACUAUUCAAAACUUCGCCAAGGCCUGUAGAUCCAAAUGUUAUUAAAAGUUGCCAGAACAAUCUAAUUAAACAUGGAAUUAACUAUAAAGAAUUUUGUAACUUACCCGAUGUAAAUAUUAAUUUGCCAAAAUUAGAAGGGCAGAAUAUUGAAGAACAUUUCUAUAACAUUGGCGAAAACCAAAGUGCACCAUAUAGAAAUUUAUUAAAUAUUUUAGCUAAGAGCAACUUACCUCCUCUACCAAAGAAAUGGACAAGAAUACAAGGUUGGUGUAAAUAUACAGACACCGGUCCUCCGGAAACUGUUCCCUUUCCGCCUGAUGAUGCGUUAAUCUUUGACGUGGAGGUGCUCAUGUCUGCGGGCAAGAGGCCUACCCUGGCUUGUGCUGCCAGCCCUGACGCAUGGUAUGGGUGGGUAAGUAAACCCGUGGCUAACGGGGACCCGCACGAGUAUUUCGAGAAUGUUCGGUAUGAAGAUCUAAUACCCCUAGAGACAGAUGAGAUCGAGUCGACUGGUGAUAGUAAUAGGCCUAGAAUUGUCGUUGGCCACAAUGUCUCAUACGAUAGAUCCAAAAUUAGAGAACAGUAUUUGUUGAACAGGACGGGUGUACGGUUCAUGGAUACUAUGUCAAUGCACACAUGUAUUAGCGGUGUUACCAGCUAUCAAAGGACGGUGCUAAAAUCGAAGACUAAAGAACCACACCCCACGGACGAUGAUUGGAUGGAUAUAAGUUCACUUAACAGCCUAACCGAGGUGCACAAUCUUUAUUGCGGUAAACACGUCGACAAGCAGACACGAGACGUGUUCGUGGAAGGCACCAUUGAUGACGUCCACGAAGGCUUCCAGACCCUAAUGGAUUACUGCGCCGGCGACGUGAUCGCCACGCACAAUGUGCUUAAGGAAACGCUCCCGAUGUUCCUGGAGAGGUUCCCGCAUCCAGUUACGUUUGCCGGUAUGCUGGAGUUGGGCACUGCUUAUCUCCCGGUUAACUCUAACUGGCAGCAGUACAUAGAUUCAGCGGACACGAUAUUCGAGGACCUGAAACUGGAGUCUCGUCAGUUGCUUUCGUUAAAAGCGGACGAGGCUUGCCGCUUGAUGAACGAGGAUGCUUACAAGAAGGACCUUUGGCUGUGGGACCAGGACUGGUCAACGCAAACCCUGAAGAUGAAGAAGAAAACCGUCAAAAGGAAGAGAAGAGAUGAAGCGACUGUAAACAAUCUGCUAGAAGAAGAAUCGGACGUGUCUAAUGAUGACGUCAACGUGGUCACUCCUAUCGAAAAGAGAGACAAAGAGAAUAAGUUUGACGUACUCUGCGAGGAAUAUAUUAGAUCGACACAGCAUAAUGACACUGAAGCACCUUUGAACAGUGAAAUUGAGAGGCUGAGCAAAAAGUUUGCGUAUCUUUACGAAAUGGCGGAUCUGCUGCCUGUGAAGAGGCCGUACUUAGCCGGAUAUCCGGCGUGGUAUAGGAAGCUGUGCCCUAAGCCAGGGAAAGACCCGGACUGGACGCCCGGUGCGAACAACAUAACGACCAGCAUGCAGAUAACACCGAAGCUCCUCCGUUUGACGUGGGAGGGCUACCCGCUGCACUACAUCCAGGGCGAGGGCUGGGGAUUCCUCGUGCCGUUCAGCAGAACCCAAGAGGAGGUGGACGGGGAGCCGCGGUUGCCCUUGGAACAGCUCCUGGAGCUGUGUCCCCUGGUCCAGAGCCCCAAAGAGGCCGACGAGGACCUGUUCAUACUGCCCAAGACUGUCGAGGAAGAUCUGGGGAGGCGAGCUUAUUACGCGAGGAAUAAACUAGACGAGCAGGCGGCCUCCAAUAAGUACCACGGAUUGGGGAUCUGGUGCGGUAUACAGCUGCAAGGUUGCUGCCACUUCCUUAGGCUGCCCCAUAAGGAUGGGCCGAAGUACAAAGUGGGCAAUCCACUGGCGAAGGAUUUCAUAAACAUGUUCAGUCAGAACGUGUUGGCUGCUCAGGGUUGCGAGGCUGAAAAGGUGCUGACUUUCGCUCGCAUGAUGUCGUACUGGCGGAACAACCGCGAGCGGAUCCGCGCGCAGCAAGUAGUGUGGCUGCCCACUUCGCGGUUGCCGGAGGCGCUGCGCGACAAUCGACCUUGCGGCGCGAUAAUACCGCAGGUUGUCGUCUGCGGCACUCUGACUAGGCGGGCAAGCGAGCCCACUUGGAUGACGGCCAGCAAUGCGCACAAAGAGCGCAUCGGCUCAGAGCUCCGCGCCAUGGUGCAAGCGCCGCCCGGGUUCAAAUUCGUCGGCGCCGACGUCGAUUCCCAGGAGCUGUGGAUCGCGGCGCUGCUGGGCGACAGCGGGGCGGGCGUGUGCGGGGGCACGGCCUUCGGGUGGGCCGUGCUGGCGGGCGACAAGGCGAGGGGCACCGACCUGCACUCGCUCACCGCGCGCGCCGCCCGCGUCCACAGGGACCACGCCAAGGUCAUCAACUACGCGCGCAUCUACGGCGCUGGGCAAAACUUCGCCGAGCGACUGUUGAAGCAAUUCAACCCGACGAUGACGAUUUCCGAGGCGAAAAGCAAGGCGGCGAAAAUGUUCACCUCGACUAAGGGACGGAGGGUGUACACGCUGAAAAAGAAGUAUAUGGAGGGUCUGAUGGACGAAGAUCUGGAGGGAACGGAAGUGGAGAUGUCCGGCUACCAAGCCGUGCGGCUCGCCAAGUUGAGCGGCAAGAGAGUGGAGGAGAUGUUCGAGAGGCCCAAAUGGGUUGGCGGCACAGAGUCGGAGAUGUUCAACAAGCUCGAAGAGAUCGCCGACUCACCGGCGCCGGCCACGGCGUUCCUCGGGGGGCGGCUGUCCCGCGCGCUGGAGAACUCCUCGGGCCGCUGGGCGGGCACGAGGCUCAACUGGGCCGUGCAGAGCGCCGCCGCCGACUUCCUGCAUCUGAUGCUCGUCUGCAUGGCCCACCUCGCGCCCCGAGCCAGAUUUUGCCUAAGCUUCCACGACGAAGUACGCUAUUUGGUUCCGGACGACCUGAAGUACGAAACUGCUCUGGCGCUGCACAUAACAAAUCUUUACACGAGAGCGUUCUGUUCUCAACGGGUGGGCAUAAACGAUCUCCCGCAGUCGGUUGCUUUCUUCACCUCUGUAGAAGUCGACCAAGUGCUGAGGAAGGAGUCAAAUCUCUGCUGCACCACGCCAUCUAACCCCCACGGCUUGGAAAAGGGCUACGGAAUACCAAAUGGCGAAUCUUUGACUAUAUUCGACGUCAUUGAGAAAUGUAACCUAAAUAAA